AUGGCGCAAAAGAAAAACUCAGCACCACCCAAAAAUUCUUCGAAACAUCUCGAACCACAAAGUAAAAAGACCAAGAAAUCAAAUGAUGAUGUUGGUGAUGAUGAGAUGAUGAUGAUUAAGAGAUCGGAGACUUCCACAGAAUUAUUUUCUCUCGAUGUCUUGAUGGUGAUUGGAUCAUUUGCUGAGACGAUUGAUUUGGUCAGGUCGAUGGCUCUUGUUUGUAGAGAUUGGAAUCAGGCUGUAUUGAAUGAUGGUGUUUUUAGUGCUGUUUUUGGAAGAGAUUUUGGUGAUGCUCAAUGGUUUGUCGAUAAAAUUAAUUAUAAUUUGAGUGUUGAUUUGAUGGCACCUUUUGCUAUUAAAGCAAAGAAAGAAAAAGAAAAUGAUGAAGAUGAAGAUGAUGAUUACUCUAACUGUGAUGAUAGAGAAGUUCCAAAUCGACCAGUUCCAAAUCCUUCUGCUGACAAGUUGACUUUGAGUGAAAUUAGAGAAAUUUUGGAGAGUGGUUUUGGAAAGGGAAAGUUUUGGUAUUCAUUAUAUAGAUUGGUUAUUGCUUUUAUACCUAUCCAAUGUCCAAAACUCAUUACAGAAAAUGAGAUUGUCAUUCCACUCAAUAAGGGAACUAAGAAAAAGAUAACCAAGAAAAAGAAGUCAAAAAAGAAUACGAAAAAGAAAGCUCCUCCAAAAAAGGAUUCAGAUGAGGAAGACUACUUGAAAAAAGAUGUAAUUCAUAGAGUUCUUUCUGAAGACGAUGAUGAUAGUGAUUUUGAGAAGAAGAUUUCCUCCAACUAUUAUUAUUUUACUUUGGGAUUGCAGGAAAUGACAGACAGUAUGGAAAAUGUUGCAUUGGCCUCUCGAUUGAUUCCAGCUCUUGAAUACGAUUUGAGUACUUACAAGUUGGGCAUAAUUCUCAGCUUGUUUGAUAGACAUGGAUUAAUUUUGAACUAUUUUGGACAGAAUUUAUCUCAUCAAGAAUGUCUCAAUAAGAUUACUAAAGAAUACAAGGAACAUCAAAAGCGAGUACUAAACUAUAAUUUUAGUGAGUGUACAAGGUCUGAUGUUGGUGCACUUCCUCGAACUCCAUAUAUUGAGAUACUCACGAGUUUCCAAAUAGGAUAUGAUACAGCUGAUAGUCAUCCUUGUUCUAUUCUCCAGUUCUGCUAUGCAAUUUUAUGUGGAAAGGAAACUGAACUCUUCAAAGGAACCAGAAGAAAGCCAAAGAAAUUGUCAACAUUUGACGAUGAUUACGAACUCAAUAACAUGAUUGGAGUUGGUCCAAAUACUGAAGACAAAUUCAUGCCAUACUGCAGUUAUGAAAUCAUUGAGAAACCUAGAUUUGAUGAAUACUCGUUUGGAGUUUCAAAAAUUAUGAUUGAGGUAGACCCAAGAAACCUUCACAGCAAGUUUAUUUCCUCAUUCCCUGGUUGGGCAAGAUCUUUUUGGAAUGCAAACUUUUACUUUUUCCAUGUUGUAGAGUUUGAGACAUUUGUUAGAGAUUUCAAUGAUUCUGAUAUUCUAAUGGUAGCUCAGAAUCAAAAUCAAAUUCUUCACAAUCUUUGUUAA